AUGUCGCGAGGAUUAUGCCCACGCGUAAACUCCUGCGGGUCCCUGUGGAUUUUGUCGGCGCUGGUGUUUGCGGUCACCCCGCUGGACGUGGACGCGUACAGCUGUCAUGAAGUGAGGACCGCUUUCCAGCUGCGGCAGGUCGGGCCGCCGCACCGCGUCCCGGAGGCACCUGGCAGAGAUGUGGAUCUAUUGGUCUGUAAGCACCAGGGUCCGUCCUGCUGCACCCGGAAGAUGGAGGAGAGCUACCAAUUGGCUGUACAAAGAGAAACCCUCCACAACAUUCAGUCCUACAGCUAUGAGCUCGAGCACCUCAUCUCCGGCCACUCGGAUGCCUUCCAGGACAUGUUCCAGUACCUUCUAUCCUUCUCUCAGGGACACCUGAGUUCUCUGAUGGAGGGAACCUACUCACCCCUGUCCCGCCAAGCCCUACCCCACGUUAACCAACUCUUCUCCUCCCUCUCCCUCUACCUCCGCGGGGCCAACGUCUCCGUUGAGGCGUCAAUUAACCAAUUUUUCAACAACCUCUUCCCCCUGGUCUACACACGGCUCAUCAAUCCAGGCCUUGAGGGCGGCAUGAUGAUGGGCAGUGAAAUGAGUGACUGUCUCCGUAUGAUCAGGCAGGAUGUCAACCCCUUCGGGCCUCAUCCAGCAGUCAUGGCCCAGGAGCUGGCUGGGGCACUGGGAGCCGGGAGGCAACUGGGCCUGGCCCUGGAGGAGGGUCUGGAAGUGAUGAACGCCACCGAAAAUGUCAGCAUGAGCAAAGAGUGUGUGAAGGGCCUGGUGAAGAUGGUGUACUGCUCCCACUGUAGAGGCUUGACGCUCAUCAAGCCCUGCGUGGGCUACUGUCUGAAUGUAAUGAGAGGCUGCUUGGCCAGCGUGUCAGAGCUGGAUCAGCCUUGGAGGAGGUACACCAGCCUGUUGGAGCAGCUAACCCACGCCAUGGCUGGGCACCACAGUCUGGAACUAGCCCUGCUAGGGGUCAGGGGGCACGUUAAUGAGGCCCUGCUCUACGCACAGCUCCAUGGUCCACUCAUUACAGCCACAGUGGACAAGGUGUGUGGCCUGUCUACUAGGGAACCUACAACCACGCAGCCUAUUACCCCAGAGGUCACGACCUCGACCGUGACCUCAUCCUCUCUUCCUCCAUCUGCCGCCCCGUCCAAACCUCUACCAGAGCAGUGGAUGGGGCAGUUGGCCCACUUGAGGAGCUCGUUCCCCCUGAAACCCUCCAAGAACAAUAAACAUAGUCUGAGAACACUCUCUAGGGAGUUCUUGAUGUACCUGCAGCGCUACAAGUCUUUCUUUGCAGCGUUGCCAGAGAUGCUGUGCGAAGGAGAAAAUGUAGUGGACGACUCCACGUGCUGGAGCGGAGAUGACGUGGUGGAGAGCUAUACUGGCCGAGUUGUUGGAAAUGGUCUACACGCCCAGAGGCAAAACCCAGAGGUCAAAGUUCGCAGUCCGGACCCUACACUGGCUGAGGUCAAGGAGAGAUUGGAGCUCUUCAACCAGGAGACCCAGGAGAGGUUUCCAAAACUGGGCCAGAUGGAGGCCUGGGAUGAGCUGGGCAGUGGGGAAACAGAGGAGGGCAGCACCACAGACUGUGAUGAUGAAGAUGGAUGUCAAGCCUCAGGAGACGGUCAAGACCAGACGGCGCAAACAGAAGCCUCAAGUGAAGGAAAGCCCAUCGCGAGAAAGCCCGGAAGCGACAUCCCACAUGAGAACCCUCCCAAGCCCCCCUCAGUGAAGGUGAUAGGGAGCUCGGCGUCUGCCAGCUGGGCACGGCCCUGGAGCCUCGCACUGCUCUGUGUUGCACUUUGCUUGCAGUGGACCCUGUUCUGAUGCCAGCGACCCUCUGUGAAUACCCCACUGAACCCCUGACCCCCUUUUAGGAACCACAUACAUGCACGGAUACACUCAUAUCAUAUACAUAUCAUGCAUAAUAUCCUUACUCCUGUCCUCAAUGUACUCGGAUGGAUGGUUAUGCUGGAAAAAAAUGAAAUGGCAAACAAGACAAGGCGUGGAAGAGAAGAGGACAGCGUUGUAGGAGACUGUAGACGGGGGUGGAGAUUCUUGCAGGGACCCGUUGUCCUGCAGCAUCACCAAUGUGGUUGUUUUCACAAGCUAAUCUUAUGCACGCUCACCUACAAAGAUUAGACUGCUUCUUCAAGGCUGUUUCGGUGCCAGACGUCUGUGUAUACAGACUCCAAUACAGCCAGACCAGUCACACACAAACAUACCCUUUGUGGCUUAGAACUGUACCGCAUCAUUCUGAUUUUACUUAAAACAAUUACACAUUUACAGACUCACAUACACGUUUAUCAUAAACAGUACAAAUACAGCCAUCUUCUAUUCCUGCAGUUGGUUUUUACUUAUCCUUUGAGGCAAAAAAAACAAAAACUCAUCACAGCCACUGCAUCAUUUGCCAGUCAGGCAGAAGAAUUCAGCUCAUUUGAAAACUCUACUCAUUUUCUUUUCGAGGAUUAAGGAAUGCAUGAUAGAUUGAUAGAUCGAUCCCAGGUGCCUGGCCCAAGACGACAGAUUUGAUAUACUCUAAUGACUGUGUACCUUGGCGGGGAUUAGAAUGAAAUGAGUUCACAGGUAGAGCACUGGCACACUUGCACGGCUGAACACAUUGUGCAGACAAACUAUGUGUGUAUAGUAUGUAACUGUAUAUAAAUGGAAAGAUUUGAUGGAGUGUAUGAGGUUCUGAUUCAACA